UACAUAUUUCAAUUCCUUAAGUAGAGGCACCCUAAUUUUCUCUUGGAGGAAAAUAGCAUCAGAAAUAGUUGAGACUCGGAUAAUAUGGCCCCGAUCUACUGGUGCAGACCGUGCUAAACCUCAAGAAAUGUAGGAACAGUACACAAAAUAAAUGUGGCCCAAUCAUAUGAGGCCCAAUUUAGCCUCAAAAUUCCCAUCAUUUUUUGUCAUUUCAAACAAAUUCAUCACCGUCUAACACGGAGUCGAAUUGAACGCAUAACCAAAAGGCAUGGGACUGCAAUGGUGUUUGAGCAGUACCCUUAAACUCUCCCCACUUUCCAUUCUCAGACCCAUUUCCCAAUCCACCAAAAUCCCACUCCGGCGCUCGCUCCUCGUCAGAGCCCUUUCCGCAGCCACCGUACCAACCACAAUUGCCUCCGCUAUCACCCCAGAUGAUUACAGAGUUGUAAAGGCGCCUCAAUGGAAAGCGGCAAUAGAUUUUAAGUGGAUAAGAGAGAACAAGGAGGCCGUUGCAGCCAACGUCAAGAACCGUAACUUCAAUGCUAAUAUUGACCUUGUUGUUGAGCUUUAUGAUAAAUUAAUGAAUGUUCAAAAGGAAGUUGAAGGGCUUCGAGCAGAGAGAAAUGUCGUUGCGAACAGAAUGAAGGGAAAACUGGAACCCUCCGAGCGUCAAAAACUUGUAGAAGAAGGUAAAAAUCUCAAGGAAAGGCUUGUUACCCUGGAAGGAGAUCUUCUCAAACUCACCGAUGAGCUCCAGCAGGAAGCACAAUGUGUGCCAAAUAUGACACAUCCAGAUGUUCCAGUAGGAGGAGAAGACUGUUCUACUAUAAGAAAAAUGGUUGGCAAACCUCGUGAAUUUAGCUUCUUUGUGAAGGAUCAUGUACAGCUCGGAAAAGAUUUGAACAUAUUUGAUUUUGAUGCUGCUGCUGAGGUAAGUGGGUCAAAAUUCUAUUACCUGAAGAAUGAAGCUGUUAUGUUAGAGUUGGGCCUCAUAAACUGGGCUGUGUCAGAAGUUAUGAAAAGAGGUUUUACACCUCUUACAACCCCAGAAAUUGUCCGUUCUUCUGUGGUGGAGAAAUGCGGUUUCCAACCCCGUGGAACAAAUACUCAGGUUUACUCCAUUGAGGGUAGUGAUCAAUGCCUUAUAGGCACUGCAGAGAUUCCAGUGGGGGGGAUCCAUAUGGAUUCCAUUAUUCCUGAGUUAUCAUUACCUUUAAAAUAUGUGGCUUUCUCCCAUUGCUUUCGUACAGAAGCUGGUGCUGCAGGUGCUGCAACUAGGGGCCUUUAUCGAGUUCACCAAUUUAGCAAGGUAGAGAUGUUCAUAUUAUGCCGACCAGAGGAAAGUAAUUCAUUCCAUAAAGAACUAAUUGAAAUUGAAGAAGACCUCUUCUCAUCAUUGGGACUUCAUUUUAAAACUCUGGACAUGGCAACAGAGGAUUUGGGUGCACCAGCGUAUCGUAAAUUUGACGUGGAGGCCUGGAUGCCUGGAUUGGGACGUUACGGUGAGAUAUCAAGUGCCUCUAAUUGUACAGACUACCAAAGCCGGCGGUUAGGCAUUCGAUAUCGUCCAGAAUCAUCGGUUCCUCCUAAAAAGGGUAAAGGCAGUUCUGCGUCAACACAGUUCGUCCACACGCUAAAUGCGACGGCUUGUGCAGUUCCGAGAAUGAUCGUAUGCCUGCUUGAGAAUUACCAGCAACAAGAUGGUUCUGUUGUCAUACCCGAGCCAUUAAGGCCUUUCAUGGGUGGACUUGAGAUUAUUACCCCAAAAUCUAAAUAGGGUGUUAAUUUGAUCUUUCUCAUAUUAUUGUAUUAUUUAUUUUGAUUAGAUUUUGUCAAGAAUUGUAGCCAUAUAGUGCAUAAAACGAUUCAAAUUUAACUUAAGUGCUAAUUUAUUCUUCCCA